CGGGUCUGAGGGGGCGGCCGGUCUGGGCCCCGCCGAGCUUGGUGCUGGCUCACCGCCUCUGCGCUGCCGUGGGCCUCGCUGAGGUGGUGCCUUUGCCCGCCCUCCCGGCAGCCCCCAGGUCCCUCUUCCUGCCGAGGCCUCGUGACGUCUCUUCUGUCUUUCCUGCAGAGGUUUUUUCCAGGACACGAUUAUGAGUGAUCAAAUCCAGUUCAUUGUUGAGAAGCUCAAUCAGGAGCCCUUCAGGAAGAACUACAAUUUAAUCACGUUUGACUCCUUAGAGUCAGUGCAGCUGUUGCAGCUGCUCAAUGAUGUUCUGGGGGAGAUUGACCCAAAGCAUGCUGUUGACAUUAGAGAGGAGCUGCCGGAACAAACAGCUAAAAGAAUGUUGAGUCUUCUUGGUAUUCUUAAAUACAAACCUCCAGGAAGUAUAUCAGACUUGAGCGCAUUUCGCCAAGGGUUAGUUUCUGGAAGCAAAACUGUAAUUCAUCCUGUCUUACAUUGGCUUCUUCAGAGGACCAAUGAACUCAAGAAAAGAGCUUACCUGUCACGUUUCUUAGUAAAAUUGGAAGUGCCAGCAGAGUUCCUACAGGAUGAUACUGUGGCUGACAUCAACAAACAGUAUGAAGAACUGAUGGAAGCAUUUAAAAACCUACAUAAGGAGUGUGAGCAGCUCAAAACAUCUGGUUUAUCUACUGCAGAAAUAAGAAGGGACAUCAGUGCAAUGGAAGAGGAGAAAGAUCAACUCAUCAAAAGAGUAGAGCGUCUUAAGAAGAGGGUGGAGACAGUACAAAAUCAUCAACGAAUGCUUGAAAUAGCAAGACAGCUUCGCUUAGAAAAAGAGAGAGAAGAAUCUUUGUCUCAACAGAAACAAGAACAAAAAAAUCAGUUGUUCCACGCGGAGCAGAGGCUGCGAAGAGCACAGCUCCAGCUGAAGGAGAUGCAUCAUGCAGUAGUGGAUUCAAAACCUGAAAGCUUAAUGAAGAAACUGGAAGAGGAGAUAAAUUUCAAUUCAUACCUGGUUACUGAAAAAAUACCUAGAGAGCUUGAAAGUAAGAAGAAUUCAGCGUAUUUCUUACAAAAGGUGGUUGCAGAGCCAGCUAUGAGUCAAUCUGAUCUCAGUGUACUUGAAAUCAAGAUAAAUGAAGUAAAUGCACAAAUGAAUCAGCUUAUUGAGAAGAGAAUGAUGAAGUAUGAGCCAAUUGACAGUAAAUUUUCUAUGUAUCGCCAACAGGCAUCUAUAAUUUCCCGCAAAAAGGAAGCCAAGGCAGAAGAACUUCAGGCUGCUAAGGAAGAGAUGUCCAGCACUGAAAGGCAGAUGCUACAGAAGACCAGUCAGGCCCAUGAGUUAGAAGGCUCUGAAGUUCUGAAAGGGGAUGAGUUUAAACACUAUGUUAAUAAGCUCCGGAGCAAGAACACGUUUUAUAAAAAGAAGCGACUGGAAAUAGCAGAAAUUACAGCUGAGUAUGGUAUCCUCCAGAGGACGGAAGAACUUCUAAAACAGCGCCACGAGGCUAUUCAGCAGCAGUUGCAAGCUAUUGAAGACAAAAAAGGUAUUUCUGGAUAUAGUUACACCCAGGAGGAGCUGGAAAGAGUAUCUGCAGUAAAGAGUGAAUUGGAUGAAAUGAAAGGCCGAACACUAGAUAACAUGUCUGAAAUG